AUGACUGAUUAUUUCUCUAAAUGGGUUGAAGCUCAGGCACUCGAGAAAGUUAGGGAAAAAGAGGUUAUUGAUUUCAUUUAUGACAAUAUAAACUAUCGAUUCGAGUUACCCGCAGAGAUCGCGUGUGAUAACGGGAAGCAGUUCAUAGGCAGCAAGGUCAGCAAGUUUUUCGAAGAAUACAAGAUCAAGAAGAUCUUGUCCACCCUAUAUCACCCGAACGCGAAUGGCCAGGCUGAAUCUACCAAUAAAACUAUACUGCAUAAUCUAAAGAAAAGACUGGCCGGCUCUAAGCACCGAUGGAAGGAGGUUCUGCCCGAAGUUUUAUGGGCCUACAGCACAACGGUGAGAUCAAGCACCGGGGAAACUCCGUUCUCCCUUGUAUACGGAGCCGAGGCCCUAAUACCCGUCGAAGUCGGUGAACCAAGCUUAAGAUUCCGAUAUGCCACUGAGGACUCAAACCAUGAAGCAACGUCUGCUUGUUUGAAUCUCGUGGACGAAAGGAGGGAAGCUGCUCAUAUCCGGAUAGCCGCACAAAAAUAA